GUGCGCGCUUUCGGUUUGGCAGCCGUUCGGCAGCUCGUGAGAGCGGCCGGACAGUGGUCGGUAGGCGUGCCUGGAGGACCACAGGUUGCAGCCCUGGGGGACGCCCCAAGGGUGGAGGAGAGCCAGGGACGGCUGCUAGUCUCCUAUUGUAAGGAAGCUGAUCAGGUUCAGCUGUUAGAUCAGAAGUUAUCCAGACCACGCCCAUCUGACUCCGUUACGAUUUUGUGGCGGAAAAGGUGGGUAAGGUGGGUCAUCGUGUCUGUAACAUUUUUGUUAUUUGUGUUGUUAACGACGUACGAACUGACGAUGGGACAGACGGUGACGACUCCUCUUAGCCUGACCUUGGACCAUUGGACUGAAGUGAAGGGAAGAGGUCGCAACCUAUCAGUUGAGAUCAGGAAGGGACCUUGGCAGACCUUCUGCUCCUCUGAGUGGCCCACUUUCAAUGUGGGGUGGCCCAAAGAGGGGACCUUCGACCUGUCUAUAAUUUUUGCUGUUAAGAGGAUUGUUUUUCAGAAAGAACCUGGAGACCAUCCGGAUCAACAGCCUUACAUCGUGGCCUGGAAAGACCUGGUGCAAAACCCACCCUCCUGGGUUCGACCUUGGGUAACAAGGCCCAAGCCCCAGCAGGACGCUCAAGUUCUAUCUGUCCAAUCUCCCAGUCCCAGGGGGAACUGCGGCAGCCCCCCGGACCCCCCCAAGAAGGUCUAUCCUGAGACCCAGGCUGACCUCCUCCUCCUCGACUCACCGCCCCCAUAUCCUCCUGCCUUAGUCCCGGUCGAGAGUAGGGAGGAGCCUGAGAUGUUGCCAGCCCCUGCGGCUGCCCCUCCCGCUCCCACGGCUGAGCCUUUGUUAGGACCGGCGCACAGCACCAGGAGCCGCGACCGCUGGCAGUCCCCCGACACCGGUAGGGAGGAGCCUGAGAUGUUACCAGCCCCUGGGCUGCCCCUCCCGCUCCCUCGGCUGAGCCUUUGUUAG